UUGACAGAGAGAUAACCUCAAAUUCUUAAAGCACAUUAAAGCACAAAACACGUGUUUUUGCAACAAAAAUGUAUUUAAUGUAUUAUUUAGAUGGAAAUGGUCAACGGGUUUACACCUUACAGAAAAAAGAUCCGAGUGGAAACCCAACAUUUUCUGCUCACCCAGCCCGAUUUUCACCUGAAGAUAAAUAUUCCCGACAAAGAAUAACAAUCAAACAAAGAUUUGGAUUAUUAAUGACACAGAAACCAGAACCGAUUUAUUAAAUUCAAUUUAAAAUAUUUUUUUCCACUUAUCUUAAUUUAUCAUUAAGCUUUUUGUAAUUG